UAAGAAGAGAAGUAGAAGAAAAAGAUGAUAAACUUUUAGCUUUAGCUUCACAAGCUGAACGUGAAUAAGUUCAGUUUCAAUCCUUCUUUACAAUCACGCUGUUACUAUUUUAAAAAAUUAUAUUAAUUAUUCUAUUUUUAAGCUCAAAUUGAAGCAUUAAAUUUUCGUUUAUAGAGUAAUAGUAUUUUUUUUUUUGGAGUAUUUUUUGUCUUUGUAAUUUUAAUAUUUAGUUUGAAUUAAUUUAUUCAAAAAUGUCGUGUGCUAUUGGUGGUGUUAGAUUGUUAUUAUUUUUCUUCAACUUUAUCCUUACUCUAUGUGGACUUGGAGUGGUCAUAGCAGGUGUUAUAAUCAGAAGUGAUUUCAACGAUUAUGCUGAUCUUAAACCAGAAUUGGCAUCACAAAUAUCAAUGUUAUCAACACCACUGAUAGUUAUUGGUGCUGUUAUAUUUAUCAUUGCAUUUUUUGGAUGUUGUGGUGCAUUGAGAGAGAGUCACUUUAUGAUGAACACUUAUGCUGUAUUUUUAUUAACAGUUUUAAUCAUUCAAGUAGCAAUUGGUGUUUAUACAUUCUAUGAAUUGGAAAAUAAUAAUAAAAUUGUUGAAAAAUUUUAUAGACAUGAAUUUAAAAAUUACUGGAAUGAUACAAAAUUCAUUGAUGCUGUUCAAAAGAGCUUACAAUGUUGUGGUGUAGAGUCUAAAAAUGAUUACAGUCAAUCAAAUUGGAAUGGAACAAUUCCAGCUUCUUGUUGUUCACAUGAUAAAAUGCAUGAAAAUGAAUUUUGCACAUCUAACAUUUAUCAAGGUGGAUGUUUAGAACCGUUUAUUGAUGUUAUCAAAGGUUUAAUUCAAUGGGCUGGAGGUCUUGCAAUUGGUGUUGCUGUUGUUGAGUUUGUUGGAGUUGUGUUUGCACUUUGUCUUGCAAAUUCAAUUAAAAAUGCUGAACGUCGAGCUUACAGAGUUUAAUAUUUUUUAUAAUAAUUUACAUUAUUUAAAUAUUAAAAAAAGAAUAAAUUUUAAAAAACUUUUAAUAAUAUUUUUAAAUUAAAAAAAAUAUUUUUCAUUUAUUAUUGUAUGUUAUUCAUUUGUCAAUUUUAAUUUUCAUUAUUUUUAAAUAACAAAAUAAUAAAAAUAUUAUAUAACAAUCAAUAAGUAUAUAUAAAAACAAAAAAAAAAUUAUUUAUUUAAUAAUUGAGUUAUAAUAUUAUUUGGUUUUUUUUUUUUUUUCAAGUUUAUUUGUAUUUUAUUAUAGUCACGAAUAAUAAUUUAUUUUAUCUCUUUACUAAUUAUUAAAUAAAAAUUUAUUUAAUUAUUAAUUAAAUAUUUUUAAAUCAACAAAAUACUUUGGUCUAUUUUAAUCCACCUAAACUCCAUGAUUUUUUACAAUUAAUUAUAAUCAAAAAAUAAAAUUUUGUUAUGAAUUUUACCAUUAAUUUUUUAUUAACAAUAAAUAAUAUAGAAAAUUUUUAACAAUGAAAUAAUAAAAAAUUCAUUAUUUUAGUGAAAAGAAAAAUUACAGUUGAAUAUUCAUUUAAAAAAAAUUAAAGUGCUUUGAUUAUUUAUCAAUAAUUAUUUGCCUAUUAUUUAGUGAAUUUUGUUGAUUCUCAAAAAAAAAAAAAAUUGUAAAUAGUAAAAUGGUAAUUGAUAAUUAAAAAAAUAAAAAUGCAAAAGUAUGAGAGAGCGCGGUUAACCCGUUACAAACUUGAAAGGGCUCAACAGGUGAAAGAAGACCAACAUAUGGAAAGAUUAAGCAGAAGCUACAUCUUUUCCUUAGCUACAACUUCCCCGAAGGGAUGCAGCACCCCACCUCUCUCUUAGUAUUCACUAUCAAUUUUUUGUUCAUUAUAUACAAAUGAUUUUCUACUUCACCACAUGUGAGAAAGAGUAAUCUAAGUAGAUCUAUCGGCCAAAUUCAUAACUAAUUAUUAACAUGAUUUUCAAAUUUUAAGAUUUAGCACUUUAUCCAGAAAUUACAAUAAUAUUCUCAACUGUAUGUCUUAAAUAAAUAUAUCCUAAAAUUAAAUAUUUCAAUAAAUGUAAAAACAAAAAUAAAUAAAAUAAAAUAAAAUGGUUAUUGAUAAAUAAUUUUGAUUGAUUGAAAAAAUAACAAAAUCAAUUCAUUAUUGAAAAAAAAGAAAUCACAAAAAUUAAAUAACAAAUACAAUAAAUAAAUUAUUUGUUUAAAUUAUUUAUUUUUUAAUAAAUAAAUGUAAGUUUAAAAUAUUUUUUUGUAUUAUGUUAUCAAGUCAUAAAUGUUUUUUUUUUUUUUUUAAAUUAGUGAUGAUAUGACACUAAUUACUACUGAACUCACCAAUAAUAACAUCUUUUAGAUAAAAAAAAAAAUACCUCAAAAACUAAAA